AGUCGCCUUUAACAAAAAGAUAAAUUUUACUGGUUCAAGACCUCUCCUCCAUCCUCAUGGAACUUCAAGCUUCUUCCAUAGUACUCCGUGCGUUUUACAAUCCUUCAUUCUUCCAUUGUUGUCAGACCUCUCACAACGUCCCUUUACAUUCUCACUUAUUUCACUGCUUGAGGUUCCGCAACAUAAUAACAAGGUGCAAUGUAAAGCAUCACCGUGCAGAUUUCUGUUUAGAGGCGUCUCUGAAGAAUGAGACUUCAGAUGGGAAGAAUCAAGGUAAGGAGAAUAAAUCGAAUGAUCUGUGGGAGGGUUCUGAGUUCGUUGAAGUGAUUGGUAUUGGCAGUAGGAAAGAUGCUAUUAUCGACUUUUGCUUGAAUUCUCCUCUCCGUUCCAACUCCUUGCGGUUCUGGGAUAUUCUCUAUAAGGACUCAGAGAAUUUGCAACUACAGGAAAAACUUGCUAAAAAAGAAAUCACCCCAAGAAUUGUGGAAGUUCCUUUGACGUUGCAUUCAUGUUCCAAAGCCGUUAUUCUUGUGGCUAGUGCAGCUUAUGGUUCUCACAUUACUAAAGUUAUUGAUAUUCUGAAGAGAGUUAAAAUGGCAAAUGGAUUAGCUGUUGGUAUCGUUUUAAAGCCCUUCAGUUUUGAAGGAAGAAGGCGCCAAGAUGAGGUGAAAGAUUUGGAAAAUGAACUUCAGGACCAUACCAAUUUGUGUGUUACGGUCAAUACUAAUGCACUUCUAGAGAAAGAUUUAGUGACCCUUGAUGAAGCAUUAAAUACUGCUAAUGAUGCUGUCUUAAUGGCUAUAUAUGCCGUAUCAAUUCUCAUAUCUGGGAAUAAUAAGAAGCUUCUACAUUCAGUUGCAAAUGGGAUGAAAGAACUCAAUGUUUCAGAUGUCACAAAGAUUCUGGAGAGCUACAAAGAUGCGAAAAUUGGAUUUGGAGCUGGUUAUAACAUGAAGACAUCUAUCAUGAGAGCUGUAUAUGACUGUCCUUUCCUUGGCAUAAGCUUGAAGAACCAUGGUGGCACUGUUAUAUGCAUUGUAGCAUCUCCAGUCAUUGACAAAAACGAUGUUGUGUCCUUUCUGGAUACCUUUCGUCAAGUAACUGAUUUCUCUGGUGAAAUCGCGUUAGCUGUAGUUGAAGAACAUAAUGUAGUGCCCAACCAGAUUAUAUCUACGGUUAUUGCUUUAGGGGGCACCAGCUCAAAGGCUCACGAGGAAACUGGGAUAUUUUCCAGAAUUGCCAAAAGUUUUCCUUUCUUUUUCAAUAUAUUUAAUAGGAAUAGUCUCCUUUUGCCAUUGGAGGAGAUGUCAAACUCAAGGUUUUCAGAUGAAACACCUGAAGAUUUAGAACAGGAACUCCAGAUGUUAUUGAGCAACAGUAGCAACCAAAAAAGUUCUUUCAGUCCCUCUGAAAGAAGCAGAGCUGAACUGGAGUUAGCUGUUGAGCCCUUAUCUGAUGACCAAUACAUAGAAGGGGAAAACAUGUUCAACAGGGAUAAGCUCUUGAGAGGUGAUAUAGGACCAGAUUACCAGAUUCUAGACGAUAAUGGGGCAAUUAGUUCUAGAGCCUCACCCAUGACAGAUAAUUUUUGCAUCUUGAGGCUUCCUGCUGGUGUCAAAACACUUAUAGAUAUGAAAAAGUCUCUCACUAUCUCGAGUCCUUCUCAGCCUGAGAUGAAAAAUAAGGAUGAUAAGAGAAAUCAAACUCACGGUGUCCAAGUUAUAGACUGGGAUGCAUUGUCCGGUGCAGGUGCUGAAGCAGUAAAUGAUCUUAAUGAUGGCAGGCAUCCAGUUAUGGAGGGAAAUAACAGCAGUAUUAAUAAACGAAAAGGAGGCAUUCUUACUGUUCGUGCCGCGUCCAUGCUAGAAUCUGAGAGAGAUUCAAGGAAGAAGUGGAACCCCAUGGUGGUGAUGAAAUACAGAGGAGGAAAAUAUGAGGGGCGUUGCCAAGGAGGUCUUCCGGAAGGGAAGGGCCACUUGUCCCUUGAUGAUGGGAGCAGUUAUGAUGGCAUGUGGCGAUAUGGUAAGAGAUCAGGUCUGGGUACAUUCUACUUUAGUAAUGGAGAUGUCUUUCAAGGAUCUUGGAGGGAUGAUGUCAUGCAUGGAAAGGGCUGGUUAUACUAUCACACUGGGGAUAGAUUGUUUGUUAAUUUUUGGAAGGGAAAGCCGAAUGGUGAAGGACGCUUCUACUCCCAGCAAGGAGAGAUAUUUUUUGGCCAAUUUAAAGAUGGUUGGAGACAUGGGCCCUUUCUUUGCAUCAACGUUGAUGGUUCCAGGCGUAUUGAAGUUUGGGAAGAAGGAGUUCUUGUAAGUCAUAAGCAUUUGGAAGAAGGAGUUCCACCUCCUCAACUAAGUAAAUACUAGGAAUCACGGCUUCUACAAACAGUAUUGUCUUUCUGUUUCUCUAUAUCUUGUUUCCUCCUAAUAUUCUUGUGUGAGCAUUAAGAUGUUACUGAUACACGGAAAAGGAUAUUAGGGCUAAUAUACUAUGAUUACUAGUAGUAGUUAAUUUAAUAAAGACGAAAAGUACCGACAGAAACUGAUUCUGGCGGAAAAAAAGUUAAGGCUAAUUACUCAAAUAUGAGCCAUAAAGGAAAGAAAACUAUUGAUCAA